GUCCGGCAGACCAGACCUUCUCCAUACCAGCCCUCACCUCAGGUUCCACCAUCCACUGCUCAACAUUGGUUUCUCCUUGUCCAGAGACCUUUACAACAAAAUGUAUGUGGAUGGGGCAUAAGAAAGUGCUGUUACAAGCCAAGCAUCUUUCCAUAGAAGAAGUCCAAGUCUCAACGAUUCUUCUCUCCCCAGAGACUGUCUUCAAUGCAGUGGUGGGAAGUUGUCUCAGGAGGAUAACUCCGGAAACACUGGCUGAAUAAACAAUAAAUACAAUUUCCUGAAGAUAGUAAGAGCCAAGAUGCUACAGGAGAGAUUGUGCUAACCACAGGAUCAAACUGCUGCCUGUCCUGGAUGUUCAUGGUUGAACUUUCCAUCAAAACCACUCAGCCUGGGCAGCUGGAUUACCUUUGUCUUGGAAGAUGAAGUGUUCUUUCUCCUGUCAUAGGAAAAGUAAAGGAAAGUUUAUUUAAAAGCUGAGGAAGUCCAGAGCUGGUUCUCUUUGUAGGGAUCAGAGGGUUUUUUUCAUAGAAAUGUGAAGAGGAUGAAGGAGUCUCAUAGUGUUGGAAGAUGUGAGUGCUUCAUGGACUCAGGAGUGCACAGGAGACCAAGUGUGAGGGAGUAUAGUAAGAAUUACCAGAAAGAUGACUUACAAGGAACCAUGUCAGGAACCAAUUUUAGCAGCCCAGCAGGUUUCAUCCUACUGGGCUUCUCUGACCAGCCCCAGCUGGAGGCGGCCCUUCUUGUGGUCAUCUCUGUCAUCUACAUUGUGACUCUCACAGGGAACACAAUGAUCAUACUCGUGUCAUUCUUGAACCCCAAACUCCAUACACCUAUGUACUUCUUCCUCUCCAAUCUCUCCUUCCUGGACCUCUGUUUCACAACGAGCAUCGUUCCCCAGAUGCUUUGGAAUCUCAAGGGCCCAGAGAAGACAAUCAGCUAUGCUGGCUGUGUGGUCCAGCUGUUCAUUUCUCUGGGACUGGGCUCCACAGAGUGUAUCCUGCUGACAGUGAUGGCCUAUGACCGCUUCAAUGCUAUCUGCCGGCCCCUGCGCUAUGGGGUCAUCAUGCAUGCGAAGCUCCUCCGACAGCUGGCUGCCUUGGCCUGGAUCAGUGGUUUUGGGGACUCCACAGUUCAGACCUCCCUGGUUUUCCAGUUGCCUCUGUGCAGUCACCACAGGAUUGAUGAUUUUAUGUGUGAGGAGCCAGCCAUGAUUAAAAUUGCCUGUGGGGACACGACCUUCCUGGAAAAUGAACUGUCUGUAGCUAGUGUCCUCUAUGUGGUGAUUCCCUUGGGACUUAUUCUCAUCUCCUAUGCCUACAUUCUUAGGAGUGUUCUAAGGAUGAAAUCCACAGAAGGCAGGAGGAAAGCCUUCAGUACCUGUGGAUCACACCUCACGGUUCUGCUUUUGUUUUUUGGGACUAUAGUUUCCGUCUACAUUCAACCCAAGAGCAAGUACACACAGAAUCAUACAAAGUUCCUCACCCUUUUCUACACUGUAGUGACACCCUCACUUAACCCUUUGAUCUACACCUUGAGAAACAAGGACAUUAAGUGGGCAAUAAAAAGAUUGCUGACCAGAGACACAAACUAGGGAGAAAUAAGGAACCUCACACACUGUCAGAUUUGGGGGAUUUUUAGAAGUUAUAAAUUAGGACUUAAAUUUUUUUUUUCCAUGUCCAUAGCCGGAACUCCUAAAUAAUGGUAGGUGGGAAGGUUUCUUUAAUGACAUCCUGAAGUCUUUUUAUUUCCUCUGUCCAUGUCACACCAUCUCCCUUCUCAGGUGCUUCUAAGACAUUCUAUGAAGAUGUAAAUAUUGUUGUGUGUGCAUUCAUUCAUAUUUAUAAAUCACCAUGAAUGAGUGACUGACAGAUGACCUGAAUGGCAGAUCAGAAAUUCAUUUUCUUGUCAUAGAAGUCUAUUUUUAACCUUAUGGGGCACAGCUUAGAUCAGCGCUAGGGAGCUGAAGAGUGCCUGAGGAUGCUUUCCCCUAAUGUUCUGGUUCCCUGUGUGGUAGUGACACAGUGAGUGUCUGUCCUGUCUACUCCACUGGAAAUCCACCACUACCUAGCUGUCCGUCUUCUUUGGAGAUGUUGCUUCUUGUGCUUUUCAGCAGCAGCUUCUGGGACUAGACAACUCAGGCAUUUUCUGGUCACCCUCACCCAUAUUGAAGGUUGCAAGGAGAAGAGACUUGGGACAGAUGGAGAGGAAGAUGGUGAAAUGGUGAUACCUAACACUUUCAUGCAUUUCUGUGAGCCUAAAGUAGCAGCCGCCUCCUUUCCAUCAGCUUUUUAAUCAGAAUGUGAGCUCUACAAGGAAAUGUACAUGUGCAAAUUGAAACUCUGGCACUGAUUAUCAGUAUGUAAAUUUUACAAUAAACAGAGAUUUAUAAAUCUUA